AUGUUUUUAAAAAAAAGUGUACCAUUUAUAAUAACACGUAAUUUUGCAACAAGUACUGCUACUACUGCUAUCGCUUCUACUAUCAAGACAUCAAUUUCAAAUCACACUUUUCCUUUAUCUAAAUUUUAUAAAGUUUCCUUAGAUAAACUUAACUGUUCAAGAAAGGGUUCUCUCAUUGUAUAUAAACAGUAUUCUACUAUUACUAAGAAUAAAUCCACAAUGCAAAACGAUUUUAUCGCACCCAGUAUACCACCUUCAUGGAACUGGACCCCUGAAAGAAUUAUAUUCGAUGCCAAUUGUGUUAUUGACAAUACCACUAAACUCUAUGACCAAUUGGAAUCGAUCGAAGAUCCAACAUUCGAAAAUUUUGUUAAACCUUUCAUGAUCCAAGAAAAUAAAGUGACCCCUUUAAUCAACCAGCUAUGUUUCCUACAACAUGUCUCCUCAAACAAGUCGAUUAGGGACGCGUCUAACGAAGCUACCGAAUUGUUACAAAAAUUCGAGAUCGAAAUUUCUCUAAGAUACAAAAUAUUCAAACAAUUCGACAAGAUCUGGCAACAGAUUAAAGACGAUAAAGAGCAAUAUAUAAGAGAUAGAGGCCAGUAUGAACUAUAUAGAUUUGUUGAGAAAUGUCAUAAGGAUUACAUUCGUUCCGGGUUGAAUUUGCCAGAGGAAAUAAGAGAUAAGGUUAAGGAUAUCAAGAUUCAGAUCGGGUCUAAAUCUUUGGAGUUUUCAAAGAAUCUUGGGGAACAACAAGAGUUUUUAUUGUUUACUAAAGAGGAAUUGGAUGGUGUCUCUGAUUCGGUCUUGGAACAGUUCGAAAAAGUUGAAAAAGAUGGCAUCUUAAAAUAUAAAGUGACUUUCAAAUACCCUGAUAUCUUUCCUGUCUUGAAGACAGCUAAGAAUCCAAAGACAAGAGAAAUUGCAUUCAACGGCGAUCAAAAUAAGGUUCCAGAAAAUGAAAAAUUGUUUAUUGAAACAUUGAAAUUAAGAAAUCAACUGGCUUCAUUGCUCGGUUAUUCCUCUUAUGCCAAUUAUAAUUUGGAUAUUAAGAUGGCUAAAAAUCAAGAAACUGUGCUCGAAUUUUUGACUGAUUUGAAAGAUAGGUUGAAACCUCUAGCAAAGAAAGAAAUUGAGAUUUUGAAAGCUUUGAAGGAACGCGAAUGUGAAGAAAUAGGUAUUCCCUUUGAUGGACAUUAUUAUGUCUGGGAUCAUCGUUACUAUGACAAUAAAUACCUAAAGGAUAACUACAAUGUUGAUUUAGAAAAGAUUGCUGAAUUUUAUCCUGUAGAUUCUACUAUUAAGGGUAUGUUAAAGAUUUAUGAGACUGUUUUUAAAUUGAAAUUUAUUGAAGAAAUUUCAGAAUCUAAGAAAAGAGUCUGGCAUGAAGAUGUUAAGCAAUUGGCUGUUUGGAAAGUAGAUGAUCCAAACAGACCAGAAUUUAUCGGUUGGAUUUAUUUUGAUUUACAUCCACGUGAUGGUAAGUAUGGACAUGCGGCCAACUUCGGUAUAUCCUCAGCAUUCUACAAUUUCGAAGAUGGUGUUAAAUUUUAUCCAAUCACUGCGUUGGUAUGUAAUUUCUCAAAAUCAACGGCCACAAAACCGGCAUUGUUAAAACACAAUGAGGUUACUACUUUCUUCCAUGAAUUAGGGCAUGGUAUUCAUGAUUUGGUUGGUAGGAAUAAGAUUGGUAGAUUUAACGGACCAAGCGCAACACCGUGGGAUUUUGUUGAAGCCCCAUCUCAAAUGUUGGAGUUUUAUACAUGGGAUAAGAAUUGUCUUUAUGAUUUAUCUAAGCAUUACGAGACAGGUGAAAAAAUUAGCAAAGAUUUAUUAGAUUCAUUGAUUACUACUAAACAUGUCAAUGGUGCCUUAUUUGCCUUAAGGCAAUUACAUUUCGGUCUCUUUGACAUGAAAGUCCAUACCACAAGUGAUAUUGAAUCUCUUGAUUUGUUAAAGUUAUGGAAUGAAUCUCGCGAAGAGAUCUGUCUUGUUGAAAAUGGUGGUGUCUAUAGCAAAGGAUAUGAUUCCUUUGGUCACAUUAUGUCAGAUUCUUACUCAGCUGGGUAUUAUGGUUACAUGUGGGCUGAAGUGUUUGCAGCAGAUAUGUAUCAUACCAAAUUUUCUCCAAAUCCAUUAGAUAGUUCAGUUGGUAUUAAAUACAGAGAUAUUGUACUUGGUAAUGGUGGAUUAUACGAAAUUGAUGCUAAUUUAAAAGAAUUUCUAGGUAGAGAGCCAUCUAAGGAUGCUUUCUUGAAGGAACUAGGUUUACAAAAUUAG